UACGGCUUUUUUAAAGUUCCGAAGGGGAAAGGGGAAGGGAGACCUGAAAGGGAGGAAAAGAACAGGAACUUUAGCGGACAGGUCUCUGGUCCAUAGAACAUAAGGAAUACGUCAAGUGAAACUAUUUCUUCAAUAUAUAUAUAUUUUUGUAUUUCAUGAAGAUAUAUAUUACUGGUUAUAUCGAUUAUACGGGUAGCUAACUGUGCUAGCCAUCAAGCGUGCUAGCUGCAAACGGACGAGACAGCACGGCAGCUAGCAUAACAACCAAACAACAAAGGAAUUAAAGCCAGCAAUCUAGUCCUUAUCGAAAAUAUUAUUUUGUAUUUUAUGCCCGUUGUGGGUUGGGGCCUUAGCCGCUUUUAACUAAUCUCCGAAAUUAUACCAAGCGAAAAGCCUGACUGCCUGAAAAAAAAGUCUUCAAAAAUCAAUUAAAAUGGCGGAGCCGGACAAAUUAAACAUCGACUCCAUAAUACAGCGUCUUCUGGAAGUGAAGGGCUCUCGGCCUGGCAAGAAUGUGCAGCUGACAGAGAACGAGAUUCGUGGCCUGUGUCUCAAGUCCCGGGAAAUCUUCCUCAGCCAGCCAAUCCUGCUGGAGCUGGAGGCGCCACUCAAGAUCUGCGGUGAUGUGCACGGGCAGUACUACGACCUGCUGCGGCUCUUUGAGUACGGUGGCUUCCCGCCCGAGAGCAACUACCUGUUCCUGGGGGACUACGUGGACCGAGGCAAGCAGUCCCUGGAGACCAUCUGCCUACUGCUGGCCUACAAGGUCAAGUACCCCGAGAACUUCUUCCUGCUGCGCGGAAACCACGAGUGCGCCUCCAUCAACCGCAUCUACGGCUUCUACGAUGAGUGCAAGAGGCGGUACAAUAUCAAGCUCUGGAAGACCUUCACAGACUGCUUCAACUGUUUACCCGUCGCUGCCAUCGUAGACGAGAAGAUCUUCUGUUGCCAUGGCGGGCUCUCUCCUGACCUGCAAUCUAUGGAGCAGAUUCGCCGCGUGAUGCGUCCGACAGACGUGCCGGACCAGGGCCUGCUGUGCGACCUGCUGUGGGCCGACCCAGACAAGGACGUGCUGGGCUGGGGGGAGAACGACCGCGGCGUCUCCUUCACCUUUGGAGCCGACGUGGUGGCAAAGUUCCUGCACAAACACGACAUGGACCUUAUAUGCAGGGCACAUCAGGUGGUAGAAGAUGGAUAUGAGUUCUUUGCCAAGCGGCAGCUUGUCACCCUCUUCUCAGCGCCCAACUAUUGUGGGGAGUUCGACAAUGCUGGAGCAAUGAUGAGCGUGGACGAGACACUCAUGUGUUCCUUCCAGAUUCUGAAGCCUGCGGAUAAGAAGCUAUACAGCUAUGGUGGAGGCGGCGGCAUGGGAUCAGGCCGUCCAGUCACCCCACCGCGAAAUUCAGCAAAGGGUGCAAAAGCCAAGAAAUAACACCCGCUGGAUCCCCCCAUCCCAUCCCAUCCCUUCACCCUUGACAUUUCCUUUCCUCUCCUCCUUUCUGUCUCUCCCUCUCCUUCUCUCUCUUUUUCUCUCUACCUCCCUCCCAUCUCUUGCCCACUCCACCAAACAGCAACAUAAGCAAAACUUGUACCCAGGGUUUUAGCCACCUUCCCUCUUUUUCUCGUUUUGUUGUUUUGUUGUUUUGUUCUUUCAUUUCUUUCUCUCUCUUUUUUUGUAAUUGAUAUCUGGUGAUGUAUGAGUUGAUGCUGUACGUGUGGGUCCGUAUGAAUGUGAGAGGUUUGUAAACAACAAAAACUACAAAAAAAAAAAAAAUCAAUUGUGCUUGUCCUGCCUCCCCCUUUUCCACCUGACUGUCACAACUCCCUUGACAAAUAAGCUUCCCAUGUCACCCAUCCAUCCCCACCCCCAAAUCUUCACCAGGGAGAUGUCUGGCCUCAGAAACGGUGGUGGAAACGCACACCCUGCCUGUCUGCCACUGAAAUGUUUAAAGGUGGGUUUGCAGGUUAUGAUAUCAUGGUAGGGAGAACUCCCCCUGGGUUCUACUCUAAGGUUCUAUAGUCUUUGAAUUAUUCAGAGACUAGAGACUUUUCAGAGACUAAAGAACCUUACAGUAGAACACGGGGGCAGUUCUUCCCACCGUGACAUCAUAACCUGCAACCCCACCUUUUAGUAGAAAGAAGCAAGACUGGUUGAAAGGGGAGACAGAAAAAAAGCGUGCAAAGGGGGACUAGAAGUGGUGAGAUGUGGUCAGACAUGGGUGGAGCCACUGCUGUGUGUGUGUAUGUCCAGUUGAGGCUGAUGUGUGAUGUGUGUGUAUUAAUGCUGAACACAAACCUUAUCUUGUGAGGGGGGAGGACCAGCCUGUCUGUACUGUAACACAUUCAUACACAUGCACACAAUCUGUCAACCACUGAUAAACCAGGAUUGAACAUGUGUAGAAGACUGAGUCAGACAACAAAAAGGGGGUUUUUGGUCUCUAAAACCCAGUGAUUUUUAACUCCAUCAUGGAUGUGAAAUUCUUAUUUUAUCUUUUAUUUUUUCCUUUUACUUUUAUGAUCGAUCACAUCAGUUUUAAGUCUGCUUAUUUUAUGUGUGUAUUUUUUAGUCUCUUUAAAAGUCUCAAUGAUCAAUAAAGAGAACUGUUUAUUUAAAAAAGAAAAAAAACAGCAAAAUGCACCACUUUUCUUACUGCUUGUUCCUGGUCAGAUUUCACUCUUGCUGUGCUAUUUGACCAAGAUUGUUGUGUUUCUAUCAUUAUUCCAUCUCCCUUUUUGAAAAAUGAGUGCUGUCAACUGAGGUUUUUCUUUCUUGUGAUUUUUCAGGGUUAAAUAACAGGGAUCUUUUGAUGAGUAAUAACCACUUCCUGCCUGGCCAUCCCUGCCUGAAUUUUCUCUAACAAGAGGUCGUUUUUGGCCUUCUCUGAUGGUUUCAGUAUGUGGAACUGAUUGUAAAUAAAAGGCCCUUAUCAGUUA